AUGAAAAUCACCAGACAUAAAGCGGCGCGUAGGACGCUGGCGUUCUACAAGUCUCGGUUUGGACUACACGAACCGUAUCAAGUGCUCGUAGAUGCAACAUUCUGUCAAGCCUCAUUGGAAUGUAAAAUAUACAUCAAGGAUCAACUGACCACAUACUUUGGGGGAUCAGUUAGCUUGUUCACAUCGCCCUGUAUAGUUGAAGAGGUGCGUAAGCUGGGAUCAGAGUUUAGCGGCGCUCACCUUAUCAACAAAAAGUUCGAAUGGCGACGGUGCAGGCACGCCAUCGGAACAAAGAACGCCAGAGAGUGUGUGCAGGAUCUAAUUGGACAGGAAAAUAAAUUCAGACUUAUUGUAGCCACACAGGACACUACACUGAAGGAAGCUCUGAGAGAAGUACCAGGAGUGCCUAUUGUGUACAUCAACUACAACGCACCCAUUCUCGAGCAGCCGUCACCCGCAUCCAAAGGAUUGGCAUUGGCUGUGACGGAGAAAAAAUCCCAAAUGAGAGAUGCGGAGGUGGGCUUUCUGAAUUCAAUCAUCCCCGAAGCGGAGAAGAAAGAGGAACCUGAACUUAAACCGAGAAAGAAAAAGAAGGCCAAUUCGCUGUCAUCAAUGAAGCCGAAGGCCGAGCGGUUGGCGGAGGAGAAGGAACGCAAACGGCUGAAAAACCAAAAGAAAACCCUGAAGAAGAAGGCACGCCUGCUAGCACAGCAGCAACCACCCGCAGCACAGACUGAAGGGACAGAGACAAAGGCAGAGCCAACGGAAGCCAAGCAGCACACACCACCCGACCACGUGGCCACACCACCAGCCGAGCAUGCACAGCACACGCAGCACACGGGUGAAAGCGCAGCGACUGAGACUACCACCGAGGAAGCACCUGUGCGCAAUGGGGUGGGCAGCACGGCAGAAGGUGGGGUAACGAGCGCAGGAGAAGCACGCGAGGAAGCACUGGGGAAGGCACCCUGUGGCGCAGACGCAGCAGCAGACAGUGACAUGGGCGAUGGGGGGAAGACGGAGACGUCAGCGACACACCACAGACAGAGCCAACCCAGGGCUGGCACUGGUGAGGAGACCAUGUGCGAUGGGGCGAAUAAGACACUCUCUGCCGAGACAGAUGGGGCAAUAUGCGCUAACACGGAACAAAGCGUCUCGGCUCCAGUACCCACUGCCAAGGGAAAGAAGCGCAGGGCCUCCAAGCGAAGGGGCGGCAAGAACAAGAAGGCCAAGGUAGACCCUGCAGCCGCUGCAAGCUCAUGACACUGUGGUCGUGCGAUGGCUCUCUCGGAGACCAACAAGUGGGUUGGUUGGCUUUUGUAAAGCGUGUACCGGAGUUCACCUUGGUUUACCGACAGACGUUUCAACGCCUAUUGUUUGCCCACAACCGGUAUGAAUAAACGCAUGUAUGUUGCCGCUGCCGCUGGCUGAGGUAUCUGUGCAUAGUAAAUCUGUGUAUUAUCACAACUGCCCACUUCAGUCUAAGAAACAAAUGUUAACACCUGAAGGUUGUGGAAGCUCGGCCGAAUUCCGUGU